GAUCAGGGGCUCUGGCAUAUAUGGUGUGGUGUACCCAAAUUUAGCCGCAUAACAUAUAGUUACACAUCCUCUCCGAACCAUUUCAUCAGAUCCCGAGCCAUGAUCAGAAUGGUGAAUGUCGGCUCUUAUAAUAAUAAUAAUAAUAAUUAUAUGUUCCCCUCCCUGCCAUUAUUACUGUUAGCCCUUUGUCUUGCUACCCCAUUAUUGCUGCCGCCGGCAGCUGCAGUAGCGACCACGUUGUUCGACGUCGAGUCUUCUCUUCAGGAAACGCUACAUGUGGGUCAACCGCCGGGGGAGAGAGGAUUAUCGUAUGAUGAGGUGGUUGUUGAUGAAGAUGAUCGCCGUCAUCGUGAUACUAAUAAACAGAGUUUUCCUUCUUCGGGCUACUCUGUCGUGUUGCAGCCUCGAUCGGCGGUCUUCCCAACCUCGUAUCCGGAUUACCGGUCGCUGACGCUGGCUCAACUGAAGCGCGACUCGGCCAGAGCGAAAUGGAUUCAGGCUCGGUUGGAUCUGGCCGCCGGGAGGACGACGAUGACGGAAGAGGUGUCGUCGGAAGUUACGUCCGGGGCCGGAAGUGGCUCCUACGAGUACUUGGCCUUAGUUGGAAUUGGCAGGGCCAAGUUUCACUUGGCCCUGGAUACUGGGAGUGAGCUUACCUGGCUCCAGUGCUUGCCUUGCGACCAAUGUUACCCCCAAACCGACCCCAUCUUCGUUCCCAGCCAGUCUCCUACUUACUCCCCACUCCCUUGCCACGCCGGCCCCUGUCCAUCGCCCACUCAUUUCUCCUCACAGUGCGGCUGGAAUCACACGUGUCGCUACACGACGGUUUACGGCGACACGUCUACCAGCCAAGGCGAUCUCGCCAAGGAAUCUGUGACAUUAGGCGGCGACGGAUCGGAUACCCUGCCUAACAUCACCAUAGGGUGCGGGCGCAACAACCCGGUUAUGCUCGCCGGCGGGCCUGCCGGAAUUAUGGGACUCAACGGCGGGUCGUUGUCGUUUACCACUCAGAUUGGAGCCACCUCUUUCUCCUACUGCUUGGUCGACAAGGAUGACACCACUCACUCCUCAACUCUCGACUUCUUCGUCGUCCCGAAGGUCGACGACGUGGCGGUCGUUGCUCCUUUGAUGAAGACGGGAGGGUUUUAUCAAAUCGGUCUGGUCGGGAUCAGUGUCGGCGGCGCCCCCGUGACCAGUAUUACCGGCGACGUUAUCGUGGACUCCGGAACAGUAGUUUCCCAGCUGCCCGGAUACGCCUACAACUCCGUCCGCGAGGCGUUCGUGGCCAACGUGAACCUGACGUCACGGCCCCAAGUUGGCCCGAUGGAUACAUGUUUCGACUUGUCGGGGGUCAACAUAACGAUGGCCGUGCCGCCGGUGUCGUUUCACUUUUCAAACGGGCAGGAGUUAAAGUUGCCGGCGAAGAAUUAUAUGACGCCGGUUGGCUCGUCGGGAACGCAUUGCCUCGCCUUCGCUGCGGCGACGACUCCAAAUUCGAUCAUCGGAAACGUGCAGCAGCAGGGGAUCCGAGUCACGUACGACCUUGCCGGCUCCGUCUUUAGAUUCACUCCCGGUAAUUGCUAGAUAGGCCCCGUUUGACUCCGCUCUAUUCGCUCCAAUUUUUUUUUUUAUAUUACCACUCCAAAAUAGUUAUUGUCUCUCUCCUGUGAAUAAUGUAUUUUGGUGUGUGAAUUACAAAAAAAAAAAAUUGAGUACACGGUACAUUUUUUCUAGUAGAGUGAAUUCCGAAAUUGUAUUAACUUUGGCUUUCAAAAUGUGUGUCUCACAUUUGUCUUGGAACCUAAUCGGUUGCUACCAAACCUUAUUGCGGUGGCUAUCCAAAAUCAAUUUAUUGUAUUUGU